GUCAAUCAUCCGGUGGGAGGAAAAGAACUGUAUUACCUCAUUGAUUGCAGUGAAUGAAGAGAAUAAGAGCUUCUGUUGAAAUGAAAUAAUGUUUGUGUUCUUUAUCGUUCUCAUUGUUCUUCUGUUCAGUUCAUGUCCUGUAGCGGGAAAAACGGUUUCUGGGGUUUUCAGCAGUGACGCGGCGAGAGAAAAUUAUGGGCAAUACAUCACAAGAUUUCUGUAUCAUGGUGAGAACGGGCUGAUGUCGUGUCGUGUGUAUGAUGUUCAGAUGGCCGUGCAGAAGGAGGCCAGACUGCUGCUGUUCCAGGACACCGAGGACUUUGACAAUCUCAGCUGUCAGGAGAGAGUCACAUCAGCGGAGAUCUCCAUUAAUCUAAACAAAGAGGAGCAGAACCAGACUAUCCCGCACCAGUCCUCGCCUCAGACGUGGCACGUGAUGUACGCGGACCGCUACACCUGUCAGGAGAAGCAGAUCGACGGCGCGCCAGAACACGUCCGCUACCAGAUCACCAUGCUAAACCCCGACGCCGCGGGAAACCCACUGGAUCACUUCAGCGCCGAAGAGGCCGGGCUACACAGUUUCUACUCCCUGCUGAUGGUGGCGUACUUCGUGGCGUCGUGCAUCUACGCUCCGCCGCUGUGGCAGGCGCUGAGGAAGGGCGGCCCGAUGCUAACGGUUCUGAAGGUUUUAACCGCUGCGCUGAUGCUACAGGGAACAUCAGUUCUGUUCAACUUCAUCCACAUGAGCCGAUACGCUCGAGACGGUGUGGGGACGCCGCUGACCGGGAGCCUCGCUGAACUGUGUGACAUGAUCGCGCAGGUGCAGAUGCUCUACAUGUUGUUGAGUCUGUGUGUGGGCUGGUCUCUGAGUCGGAAAAGGAAGUCUCAGUGUAAACCUCUACAGUGGGACUCGACACCCGCCUCCACUGCACUCGCACUGGCCGUCGUCAUCGCUCAGGGGGCGCUGCUGAUCUGGGAGCAGUUUGAGGAGGCGGAUCACCACAGCUUCCACUCCUCCAGCGGUGUGUGUGUGUGGCUCCUGAUGGCGCUGCGUGUCUCUCUCGCUGUGUUUCUGGCGUCAGUGCUGUAUCAGAUCGUCUCGGCGGAGCGGAGCGCGCUCAAGAGAGACUUCUACCUCAGCUUCGCCAAGGGCUGUUUUCUGUGGUUCCUCUGUCAUCCAGUGCUGGUUCUGUUCUCUGUGUUGCUCAAUGAACAUCAGAAAGAAAAGGUGGUCACGAUCGGCGUGAUCCUGUGCCAGUCGAUCUCAGUGGUGGUCCUGUACCAGCUCUUCUUGUCCCGGAGUCUGUACUGGGAAGUGUCGUCGCUGUCGUCGGUCUCGCUCCCGCUCACCAUGAGCCGCCGCGGCCGGUUCUGAUCCGUCACACGAGACGCUUCGCGCCGGAGCCGAUCAUCACGCGACACACGGAGAGAUCCGAGAGAUCAGGAGACGCUGAGCCACAUC